CCUGUGCUUACGCUGACGGGUGUCUCACCACAAGGGAUGCGAUGAUUGUCACGUACUUCAGGGGUGCCAUCACUGAGAGUGACCCACAGAUACCGAGGGGUUUGAUGGCAGUCGUGGGGCUGUCGAGGGCUGAGGCGCUCAAUGCUUGUCCGAAAGGGGUUUUCAUUGCUUGUAAUAACGCUAAAGAGUCUGUAGUCAUAUCAGGUCCGACAAAUGAAAUGAAGGAAACAAUUGAUUUGUUGAAUAAAAAGGGAGUUUUUGUGCGACAGUUAGAGAGCAGUGAAAUCCCAUUCCAUAGCGAAUACCUGCGCUCAUCGGCACAGCCUAUGGUCGACGCCAUUAACAAAUAUAUGCCUAACCCUCGGCUCCGGUCAAAGAAAUGGUUGUCCACUUCCGUAAUGGUGUCGGAGCCCGAAGACGUGCGUUUGAGAUACGCUUCAGCCGAGUAUUUUGUGUACAACUUUAUGAACCCUGUUCAAUUUUACGACCGACUCAAACACAUACCUACCGGCGCUGUUGUACUGGAGCUGAGCCCUCACUCGCUCUUUAAGAAAACAAUGGCCGAAUCGGUGGACAAUUGUCAAUAUAUUUCGUUGAUAUCCAAAAACUCGAAUACUAAAAAUAUAGAUCAGUUUCUGUCGGGAAUCUCCAAACUCUACGAAUUGGGUUUCAACCCAUCGGUAGAGCGCCUGUACCCACCCAUCCAAUGGCCGGUCCCUCGAAGCACACCAUCGAUUAGUUCCCUCUUGAAGUGGGAUCACAGCCGAGACCUAUCGGUCUAUACCCCGAAAUGGCCACAAAAUAAGUUACGCUUCGUUUGCGGGGAUAUGAAUGUUGUGAUCGACAUGACGGCCAAGAAAGACGACUACCUGUGCGAUCACGUGAUAGACGGCAAUAACCUGUUCCCAGCGGUCGGUUAUCUGAUGCUCGCGUGGCGUCAAAUGGCCGCCGCUUAUGGCCAGACAUGGGAUAAAAUUCCGGUAGUUUUCUCGAAGUGCCAGUUCUUGAGGGCGAUAUUUCUCACACAUGACGUCCCGACCAGACUUACCGUCAAAUACUAUCAACAAACGGGCGAUUAUAUGAUAUGUGAAAACGACAACAUGUGUGCCGUCGGUACUGUCCGUCGCGGCGCCGACGAUAUGCUGACCGAACAGCACCUCAUCAGUGAUGGACAGCCAGUGGUGUCGGAGUGUGAGUAUCGGUUGGACAGGGAGUCCAUUAAGAAAGAGCUGCAUAUCCGGGGCUAUGAGUACUCGAAAGGGUUUCAGUCGUUGACAAAUAUGCGGACCAAUGACUUCCGUCGGGUGUCGGCGGACAUCGAGUGGACGGGAAAUAUGGUUACAUUUUUAGACGGUUUGCUACAACUGACCGGUUGUUUGUCUCCCUUCCGCAAACUCGUGGUUCCGGUGAUGAUCGACGCCAUACGUGUCGACCCGAACACACUCUUCGAGGCGCUGAAGAGGAAUCGUUUGGCCGAUGAAGUGGUGGCCGACGGGGGCGAAAAACUUGGCGACAAUUUUCUCAGCGAUUUUGCACCCAAUAAUGCGUCCGAACGGUUUGCUCACUUCAGCUCUCGAUUGCCGGUAGUGUUUGACUCGUGUGUGAAUUGUGUGCUCACAUACGGCGCUGAAGUGUAUAAUAUGGUCACCGCUCCCAUCACUAGGAAAACUGAUCCCAAUAUGGUUUUAGAGAGACAUGAGUUUAUCCCCAACGACGACAAUAUGGCCAUCGAUGACAGCCAUAGGAAACUACUUAAUGAUAAUAUUGAAGUUUGUAAAGCAAUUGCUGUGAAAAUACGUGAAAUGGGUUUCAAAGAAAUGAAAUGUGAUUUCAAUUACAGAAAGAUUAGCGAAGAAGUGAUUCAAAGCCAUAGAAAUGCAAACAUUGAUAAUAACGUUAUGUUUAAGAUUUUGGAUAAAAUUCACGAAACGAUUGCUAAACAAAACAUUAAACCAAACGAUAAAUUCAUGAUUAAAAAAUAUUCACACCAUUUAUGGGAAUUGGAUUUACAAGAUUUGAUGCAAGACUUGUCGGACGCCAUUGAAAGCAAUGGAUUUCUAUUAACAGUAUUUCGAUAUAAAGUGACGGAACCGGAGAUCGCAUUGAAUUCAUUGUUUGGGAAUUCAGUCACGGAUUCAGAUCUCGAGAAACGAAUCAAUGAUUUCAUCACUUUUGGCAAUGAAAUGGGAUUAAGAGUGAUAUGCAGUAAAUGCGAUACAAUUGGUUCAAAGGCUGUGCUCUUCAGGAAAGUCUCGGAACCGAUACUUCCGGACAAACAAAAUAUUAUCCAAUUUAACGGCAAAUGCGAGCAAUGGUUUCCAGUAUUGAAGGACAGACUACUGAUGGCCAGUGAAUUGGUUGCCGACAGUCCUCGGGUUUGGCUCAUUGCCAACGACUCGUGUAUUAACGGAGUAAUGGGUUUAGCAAAGAGUCUACGUCUGGAACCGGGAGGAGAAUACUUCAGAUAUGUUUUCAUUUACGAUAAAAACACCACAAAUACAGACAUAGACUUCAAUAUAAAGCCAUUCUCCGAUAUAUUGGCCAACGAUUUGGUGUCAAAUGUGAUCAGAGAUGGAAGACUCGGUUCCUAUCGAUACCAGAGUUUUGGCAAAGAUUUCGAUAAAAUCCAAUCAAAUGAUUAUUACUUGGGUUUAGGAAAGGGUCGGGACUUGUCGUCAUUUGAGUGGACGGACGCCACCUCUGCUCCCAUUACUGAAAGCUAUUAUGACAUGAAAAACAAAUUGAGAAAAGCAGUCAAAAUCCAGAUCUACUGCUCUGGCAUUAUCUUCCGGGACGUUCUCAUAGCCACCGGUAAAAUUCCGGCGCUUUCACAGAUAUAUGAGCAACAAAUUGGUCACGAAUUUGCGGGCCUUCGGGCGGACACUGGGGAAUGGGUUAUGGGCUUUAAUUACGGCAAGUGUGUGGCCGCCUGUACUCGUGUUGACCCGUAUUUGUUCACAACAAUACCCGACAACUGGUCUAUGGAAGAGGCGGUCACUAUAUUGAGCUCGUAUUUCACUGUAUGGUAUGGAUUGUUAGAGAGGGCUCAUAUUAGACGCGGAGAGAGUAUAUUAAUUCAUUCGGCGGCGGGAGGUGUGGGUCAGGCGGCCAUUAAUGUGUGUCAACACUACGGCUGCGAUAUAUACGCGACGGUCGGCACCGAAGAGAAGAAACAGUUUCUCAUAAAUAUUACCGGCGAACGGGUUAUUGGUAUAAAUAUAAACAACUCCGUGGCCACCAGUACUCGUGUGGACCCGUAUUUGUUCACAACAAUACCCGACAACUGGUCUAUGGAAGACGCGGUCACUAUUUUGAGCCCGUAUUUCACGGUAUGGUAUGGACUCAUAGAGAGGGCUCACAUCAGACAAGGCGAAAGUGUAUUAAUCCAUUCGGCGGCGGGAGGUGUGGGUCAGGCGGCUAUUAAUGUGUGCCAACACUUGGGGUGCGAUAUAUACGCGACGGUCGGCACCGAAGAGAAGAAACAGUUUCUCAUAAAUACAUACAAAAUACCGGCGAAGAAGAUAUUCUCGUCGAGAAGUAUUGAAUUCAAGAGUCAAGUCAUGCGAUCGACUGCCGGACGGGGAGUGGAUGUAGUGCUCAACUCUUUGGCCGGCGAUAAGUUGGACGCCAGCUAUGAGUGUGUGGGCACAGGCGGACGGUUUGUGGAGUUGGGAAAAAUGGAUAUGUUUUUAAAUAAAAAGCUUCCGAUGUAUAACUUAUUGAGGGAUUUGUGUAUUAUAUGUGUUUCACUGGACGAGAGUGUAUUAGACCGACAGUAUAUUUGGGACGCCUUUUAUACAUGGGUUCACCAGAACUGCAGCAAUGGUUGCGUAAAACCGUUGAAUCCGACGGUAUUUCCGGCCGCAGACGCGGAGAAGGCCUUCCGAUACAUGACUACCGGUAAACAUAUCGGGAAAAUAGUUAUCCGUAUUCGUGAAGAGGAGGCGAACAGAAAGUCGUGGAAAUGCAUAAAACCGGCCAAUAGUAUGAUUGUUAGCACAAAGACUUAUUUCAAUCCCAAUAAGACUUAUAUAAUAACCGGAGGUUUGGGUGGCUUUGGGUUAGAGUUGUGUCAAUGGAUGGUAUAUAACGGGGCGAAGAGAUUGGUGUUAACCUCCCGUUCAGGCAUUAAAAAUGAUUACCAAAAAUUUAUUGUCAAUCGUUUGAUAGCUUUCGGAAAAAAGCAUAACUAUUUUGAAAAUCAAGUUAUAGUCUCUUCGGCCGACUGUUUCACUAUUGAGGGCACAAAACAACUAUUAGAUGAGUGCAAAGGGUUGGGCGCACCCAUCGGUGGUGUCUUUCAUUUGGCCCUCGAGUUAAACAAUUGUCUCUUCAGUGAAGUGUCUUUCGAGACAUUCAUGAAAACCGUUGACAUAAAGGAAAAGAUAUUCAAGAAUUUGGAUCAAUUGACCCGAAAAUUGGACUAUAAUUUAGACCAUUUUGUGGUCUUUUCAUCUAUAUCUUCGGGUUUUGGUUUUGAGGGACAACUGAACUAUACUUACGGUAACUCUAUUUGUGAGCGUAUUUGCGAACAGAGACAGAGGGACGGCCUGUCGGGUCUGGCCAUACAGUUUGGUCCGGUCGGUGACGUCGGGGCGAUGACUGAGUUGACACAAGUGUUCGCAUUUUUAACAACUCAAAAACAACGGAUCCAUUCGUGUUGUGAAGUAUUGGACAAACUAUUGGCCGUUAAAUACCCGGUCAUAACAGUUAACGUAAAAACAGUGGAGAACUCACUGUUAAAGUUGGACUCUGAGGCCAAAGAGGGCUCGAAAUCAUUCAUCAAUAAGUUGUGGGGAUCUCUGGGUAUUGACCCGAAGGCCACUCCGGCGGACACGACUUUGGGAGAGAUCGGAAUUGAGUCCAUAUUUGCCUCAGAAUUACAGCAAGAAUUGGCUAAACUCUGUAACCAAACGAUUCACUUGAAAAUAAUUAAACACAUGUCUGUCGGACUCCUUCGGGAGUUUGAGUCCGGAGGCGAUGACACUAUUAAAGCCUAUUUUAAUGGCAUAAAAAGGGCUCAAAUAUCGCUCUCAAAGUAUAUAUUUGUGAUUCCUGUGGAAACACACGUCAGACUCAAUGGUGUCUCAAACGGAAAGCCAUUGUAUUUAAUGCCGACUCUGGAGAUG